CAAAGUUGAAGCAUUGAUUAAAAGGAUUACAAGUUGCCCGAAAUUUACGAGAUAUUAAUUAUGUUGACGGAUGAACAAAAAAAACUUGCAACCACCGCCUUUGAAAACUUGGAAGAGAGGCGGAAGGGGCUCAUAAGAAGCGAUCGAGGGACGCUGACUGAGGCGGUCAGGCUGACAGGCCUCAACCCCACCCGCCACGAGAUGGACCAACUCAUUUCUGUGUCUGACUUGGGGGACACAGUUAGCAAGGAUGAAUUCCUGAACAUGGUGGCGCAGUUGGAGUGGACCCAACCGGAAGUUACCAAGCGCGUGCUCCAUGGGGAUUUCGCCAUGUUCAUCGACAAAAACUCUCAGACAAUAAGUGACGAGGAGCUCAUCCACAUUUUGACGCGAGAGGGACACGAAACGCUUACGACAGAAGAAGCCAUGCUUAUCGUCCAGCGAUUUGACAGGGACGCACAAGGAGACCUUGACCUUCAAGAUCUGAUUGAGCAGAUGCUGUCUGUCAACCCUAGAUAGCAAUUCGUAGUACCAAUACGGCUUGUUUGGAUGCGAACAUGAAGACAUACUUAUCUAUCUCAGAGCCAAGAAGAACCUUUGUUGGAUAAAACUAAAUGUUUUAAAACACCUUAACAUUGCGUUUUAUUUAAAGCAAUAUCUACAUUGUACUAUAAGUGGAUUGUCCUUUAAUGGUUACCCCAGUUAAAUACAUUGUUCCCAGUUUAAAUGGACUCUUUCGUAGAUUGGAACCCAUACAUUAUCCAUGUUAUUCUACGGUUGAGUGCUUAUAAUUCAAGCAACACAUACUAUAAUUAUAAAAUGUCCUUGUAUUUUUGUUUUUGUUCGAUUAUUUGUUUGAUGAUUUUAGUUAUAUGAUAAUUACAUGUAUGUUGAACUCAAUAAAUGGAUUUAUUUUU